AUGCCUGCGUAUCACUCGUCGUACAAUGACGAGCCCAAUGUGCGGCAGAUUGCAUCCAUUUUAAUUCUUCCCUUGAAUACGCGUAGUCGUGGCCCUGCGCCGCCUCCAGUCGAUCCUUCGCGCCCCGACAUUGUGGACGAGUCCCUUGACUUGUUCCGUGCCAACUCACUCUUCCGCAACUUUGAGAUCAAGGGCGGCGGCGAUCGUAUGCUGAUUUACCUUAUCCUGUUUAUUUCCGAUUGUCUCUCGCGCAUCGCUGCGUCCCAGAUGAGCAAAAGCGAGGCAAGCAAGCAGCUUGCAUCGCAUGCUGUCGAUGGGUUUGCAUUGCCGGGCGACGCCAACUUUCCUUUGAGCUCGUUGUAUUCCGUGCCGGCGAGCCGUAGCGACGCAGACUUUCUCCGCCAGUACUUGACGCAGGCGCGUCAGGAGACGGUGACGCGGCUACUCGAUAAGAUCUACAUUGACAAUGUUCCAAGUCGUUGGUGGCUCGCAUUCACCAAGCGAAAGUUUAUGGGCAAAAGCCUGACUUCAUAA